GAGAGAGGAAGGGCGGCAAGGAGAAGUCAGGAGAGAGGAAGGGCGGAGAGAAGACAGGAGCGAGGAAGAGCGGAGAGGGGCAAUGUCGUUCCGAACCCGGUUUUCCGGGUUCCGGAAAAAAAUUCAAGGACGGUGGCGGGAAGGAGUCAGGGGAAAGAGGAGCAGAGGGAUCAGACGAGGAGAGGAAAUGGGAAAGCAGGUGGAGGUAGAUCGGGGAAUCGGAAAGGAGGGAGCCAGAGGAAGCAGAACUGGAGGAGAAAUAAAAAAGAACAGAACCAGAAGAUCGGAGCGGCAACAACUGCGGCGGGGCCAAGUCCUGCGCCGCCAGUUGACAGGACGUUGGCUCGCCUGCAAUCCCUCAUCCCUCCUGGAAGUUCCCCGAUCUUCCACAUCACCAACCUCCACCUGCAUUGA